AUGUCCUAUUUGGACGCGCAAUUCCCCAGCUUUGCGAGCGUCGUUGAUAAUAUUCAAGAUGAGGACGACCGUUUAAAAGCUCAGCUUGAGAGUGUAAAGGCUAAAGAGUACGCGGCCCACGAAGAAGCUCUCCAAACAGCUCGAGAAACCAAUGCGAGGUUAAAAGCUACGGCAUCCAGAAUACUCACUGACCCAGAUGCAGUCAAUGAGUUUCUGAAUCAAGUUGAUGGGGCUCAGAAGGCACAGGUUGCUCCUCUUAUUAGCCGAAUCCAGGAGUUUCUAGAGUAUCGUCAGAGCCUACAAGACGCGAAAGGCCUACUAUCGAUUGGAGCGGAAGUUUCCUCGAAAAUUGAAACACAAGAUCUCAGUCAAGCAAGCAGAAUCUACGAAAAAUCGCGUGAUUUGAUCAAGAAGCUCAGAUCGAUUGAGAGUGGUCGGAGCCACGAGAUGGCCACCCAGGUCCUCGGUCAAUAUGAAGCCACCGUGAGCCAACCAUUAAUGGAAAUGCUGCAAAACCGACUGUCAGCUGAGCUGCAAGCGUCUCAGUGGCCGAAAAAAGUACCCGACACCCUGGCCUUUGUUGAAGCCUUCUCCGAUGCCUUGAGAGCCGAGGACGAAACUCAAGCUGUUCUAGAAUCCUUCGCCGAGAUGGCAGCACCAUUAGAUCUGCGGGUUCGGUACAAUUUUGAGACUGAUCGUGAAACCAACAGAGCAGACAAACCAGAAUGGCUUCUGAACAAUUUCUUCAAACAGGUCGACCCGCAUAUUCACUGGCUAACCACAACAGUCCAGCCGGUGUUGGAAGGGCACUUCCCUGAUCGCUUCGCCUUGAUAGAGCUUUGUUCUGCUUUGCUGCCUAGUUACUAUCGAGUGUUACAAUCUUACUUUGAACAAGUCAAGUACUCGCCAGACCUUUUGAACCAUUUGAUGUCCGAGGCUAUCAGCUUUGAUGAUGAUCUGCAUACUCGUUACUUUUAUAAACCUGCAACAAGUACCGAAGAACGCUGGAGUGGCUUGGCAACUUCUUUGCUGAACUUUCACCCGGAGUGGUUCGACUUGUGGCUGGAAAGCGAGCGUCAAGCAGCUUUUUCUCAAUAUGACGAGAUUUUAGCGGCUCCUACGGCGUGGGAAGUUGAUUGGGAUGGUGCAGGUGAAUUUUUCACCCAUCCCACAGUCUCGGCUAUUAAUGUCACACAGCUUUUUGACACUAUCACCGAUGUAUAUCGGGACUUACUCAAUCCCACUUCCCAGCUGCGUAUGGUUUCUGACAUCCAACUUGAACUUAUUGAAAACUACCGCAGACUUUUGACAGAACGGGUGGCACUCUACUCAACAGUGCAUUCGUCCCUUGGUCGGGCUGUAGGUUCAGUAUCGGCUGAAGACAAAAAGAAGCUCCAAGGUUUGUCUGGUUUACACUACCUUGGUAAAGCACUAGGCUCUUGCGAUUAUGUUUUGAACUUUUUACGAAACAAAUCUAAUGAGCUCUUGUUUUUUGAGAUGGCAGAGAGGGUUGGAGAGCCCUCAGUCUUCGAGUUGAAUCUGCAAGAGUUUGAAAUGCUCAAAGGACGAAUCAUUAAAGAAGCUGUAAAAUGCAUUUUUGAGGAGUUCCAAAAGGCAGCGAAGGCCUAUUACCGCUUAGACUGGAAAAUCGAUUCCGGUCAGGAAUCGAGCUCAGAUCUUGCUCAUAUCAAAACACACAUGCUGCCGUUUGUAAACUUUGUCGAGAAGUUAACCGGCAAGUCAGAUUUUGCAUUGAUUAUGCAUAAACUCACUGCCCGAGUCGCAAAAAAUAUGUUCCAGACCGUGGUACAAGGUAAUACUUUCUCUAGCGCUGGCGGGAGGCAGCUCCUUUACGACGUUGAAGAUCUUUGGUCAACACUCGGCCUUGUCCAUGACUAUGAAGCUGUUAGGCUCUUGCAGGCUGCUCAACUGUUGAGUGAUAAUAAUGCUCAGGCAACAGUGUUCGACGAAUCUGAGCGAGCCUUCAUCUUGAAGAGGUCAAGGCAUUACUAG